AAGUCGAGCAUAUGCAUCGUCCAGUGCUCACCAUCCCAAUUAAAGUCUUUCAUCUUCAACAGCAGAGGUUACAGCAGAAUUAAGGAUGUCUUGCAGUUGUGGAUCAAGCUGCGGCUGCGGCUCAAACUGCAACUGCGGCAAGAUGUACCCUGACUUGGAGGAGAAGAGCGGCGCCACCAUGCAGGUCACCGUCAUCGUCCUCGGCGUCGGGUCCGCGAAGGUGCAGUUCGAGGAGGCCGCCGAGUCUGGUGAGGCCGCCCAUGGCUGCAGCUGCGGUGCCAACUGCAAGUGCAACCCUUGCAACUGCUAAGCUGCAAACGGUGUAUGCGAUUGUGGUGAUUGUGUCGUGUGUUAACGAGUGUGAAUAAUGAAACCAGCACCAGCCGGUUGGUCUGUGUUGUGGUGUGGUUUGCUCUUGGUGUGCUUGUGACUUGUGAAAAUAUCACUAUUGUUAUGUGUUUGCGCGUACGAGCCUAUGUGUGUGUGUCUUUGUAAUGGCCCAUCUAAACUGAAGUGAAUAUACAAAAACAGGUUCGCUCAAA